CUGAAGCCUCAGAACCGGUAGAGGAUUCCUCUGAAUUAUGGCUGGGUCUACGUACCCGGGGCAUUCAGUACGAGCCACGUACCCAGGGUGUCCAGUACGAGCCACGUACCCGGGGUGUCCAGUACGAGCCACGUACCCGGGGGGACCAGUACGAGCCACGUACCCGGGGCGACCAGUACGAGCCACGUACCCGGGGCGACCAGUACGAGCCACGUACCCGGGGUGUCCAGUACGAGCCACGUACCCGGGGUGUCCAGUACGAGCCACGUACCCGGAGCGACCAGUACGAGCCACGUACCCGGGGUGUCCAGUACGAGCCACGUACCCGGGGUGUCCAGUACGAGCCACGUACCCGGGGUGUCCAGUACGAGCCACGUACCCGGGGCGACCAGUACGAGCCACGUACCCGGGGCGACCAGUACGAGCCACGUACCCGGGGCGACCAGUACGAGCCACGUACCCGGGGCGACCAGUACGAGCCACGUACCCGGGGUGUCCAGUACGAGCCACGUACCCGGAGCGACCAGUACGAGCCACGUACCCGGGGUGUCCAGUACGAGCCACGUACCCGGGGUGUCCAGUACGAGCCACGUACCCGGGGCGACCAGUACGAGCCACGUACCCGGGGCGACCAGUACGAGCCACGUACCCGGGGCGACCAGUACGAGCCACGUACCCGGGGCGACCAGUACGAGCCACGUACCCGGGGCGACCAGUACGAGCCACGUACCCGGAGCGACCAGUACGAGCCACGUACCCGGGGCGACCAGGCUGAAGAGGCAUUUGACAAGUGCCCUCAAAAGUCACACGAGACAAGCCCAUGA